AUGAGGAAAAUAUAUUAAAAGAUGCUGAAUAUAUAUAUAAAUAGGUUGCAUUUGAUUCCAUUGAAGAGAAAAUAUGAUAGUAAUGAGUAGAUCAAUAGGAACAGGAGUUGCAUGUUAUUUGGCUCUUUUUUUAACUUAUCUUUUAGUGUUAAUCUCCUUUUGUUAUUAUAAGAGAUUGUGAAUGAGAAAUAUCUUUGGUUAAGAAAAAGGUCAAGGAGCACAUGGUCUACAGGAUAUAUAGUUUCACUUGAAUAAGGAAAGAAAUUUUAUGGUAUUUAUUUUUUUAAUAAUAUUUAGAAUUAGGUAACAGGGCAUAUUUAUUAAGAAAAUCACCUGAAAUGAAAUAUACUAAAUUUUAAUUUGAGAAUAAUUUAACUUUACCAAGGUUAAAUCUUAUGAAAUCGUUAAAUUAACUUAAAAAAUAAAAAAAUAAUUAUUUGAAUAAGUGUUAUUUUAAUUUAUGAUUUGUAUUUAGUAAUUAUAAAGCCAAAUUUUUCAACCAGCAGGACUCAAAGGAUAGUAUUACGAAUAAGUAAAAAUUAUUACUUAGGGGUAUUUAGAGACAAUAAAAAAAAUUGGAAUGGGUCAAAAAUAAUGAAUGGGGAUAUAAAGAUAAAAAUUAGUAUUAGAAUGAUGCUAUUAAUUUGCCUGGAAAUAAAUAUAGAUUUUCAAAUUAGAAGAUGAUGAAAUUUAAAGAGUGGGGAAGAUAUAAAAUGAAAUUACCAUAGAUCCACCAAUUAUUAAUGACAGUUUAUAGCGGAAGCACUAAUUUUACAUGUAUACUGUCCAAAAUAAGAAAUAGAAAUGAUUAUUUCUGUUGAAACAUCAAGAAUUAACUAUAAAAUAUGGGUAGACAGAAAGAAUAUGAUUGUUUUAGUUGAAACUGAAGUCACAGGAAAGGAUUAAGAAUAGGAAAAUUCAAGAUAUGGAGUAGUAUGUGGACAAGAACUUGAUUCUGUAGAAAUUUUCAAUUCUUUUGUAUAAAUUAUUAAGAAGCAAAGUAUAUUUUAUUAUAUAUUUAGAUGAAUUUGAAGAUAUUGAUUGGGUUAAAUCAAAUUAUAUCACUCAUAUAAUAGAAUUAAUUGUAAAAUAAAGGAAAGAAUAUUAUAUAAAAUAAAGUAUUUUUGGAUUAACUGCAAUAUUAACGAGCAAAUAUAAUAUUUACUAAAAAGAUAAAUCAUCAAAAUGA